AUGGAAUGUAGUCUAUGUAAAAAACCCACAAAUUCUUGUUGUUCCAGAUGUAAAGCUAGGUAUUACUGUAGCAAGGAAUGUCAAAAGAAAGAUUAUGUCAAUCAUGUGCUUGACUGCCCUCCGAGAUCUGCGGACGACCUUGUUAAAAGUGCUUAUGCCGACCUGGUGCCCACGAAGCCAGCGGUGCUACAUGAAUAUGGCUUUAACAACUGUAAGAAUCCUCGGGAAAAAUCGAUGCUUCUAGGCUUGUAUAUUGGCCUUAUAAAAAUUAUAGGUUGUAGUGCAUCUCAAAUUCAUUCUUGGUGGGAAAAUGGCGAGUUGUCACUUGGCAUCAAAAAGGCUUAUAAUGAUGCCGGCGUAACUAGCGGAUACUACCAAUGGUUCUUAGAAAAUGAAAAUUUGUUACAGGGUCUGCAUAAAUAUGAAGGCGAAAAAUCUGAUAAAACUUUAAUGGAUAAGUAUUAUACAAUGGUCAAACCCUAUCUUUCCGUACACGAUCAAUCACUUUCCUUCGAAUCUUUUUCAGAAUCAAAGCGUAACGUUAUUGUUUUAUACUUAAUAACGCUCAUAGGAUGUAUACCAAGGGUUGAACAACAAUGUUGGAUUGACUUUGGGUUUAGUUCUUGUAAAGUUGGUAAAGAUCACUUAGAAGAAGAAGAAGAAAUACGGUUGUCUAAACUGUAUCGGAAACUUAUCGUUCAAGAGGGCUGCAAGGUCGAUGAAUUCAAUGAUGCUUACGUGUCUGGAACAGUAGUGGACUUGUUGAAAAGAAAAUGUGGUAGCUGCAGUUGGCUAUCAGAAAACAAAAUAGAAAUUCAAGCACACCAACAGCCAAAAAAGAGCGUCUAUUAUCUCAAACAAUACGUGCUGAGCGAAUCCGUAGGUCUCCAAAAUUCUGUUUGGGCGGAUUAUGGCUUUAUGAAUUGUCGCACGGAAAAUGAGACUAGACAAUUAAAACAGAUGUAUAAAAAGUUGAUCAAAACUCCUCAAUUUGAUCCGCGGGAUUUGCACAAGGCCUGCUUGGCAGGAAAAAUUUUCAAUUAUGUCAGAUCAAUUCUUCCUAAUGAAGAGUUGAAAGCCGAUCUUUUGAGAAACUUGUAUCCUUUGAAAUAA